AUGGUUGAUCUCAUUUUAACUUCAGUGAAGAGGAUAUCUUCAUCGAUAUGGAGCAAUAUGGCCGACUUAACGGAGAAAAUCGACGAUCUGAUCUGUAGUUUCGAAAGUGGAGGUGACUUUACAAUGGAUACGGUGGCAAUGUUGAUUUUUGGAUGGGCGGUAUUGGGUGUUGUGGUGUUAGCUUUAACCAAAUACGUGUACGGUCGGUUUUUUGCAAAAAAAGCUCCAGUGUCGAAUGAACCCAUAUUAUCGAAAAAAGUUGCUUCCGGUACAGAAUCGUCAGGAGUGUCGUCUACUACUACUACUACCAGUGCCACACACAAAGAACAAUCUAAGGAAAUGAGCAAAGAUAAAUCCGAUGGUCUUUCAUUAUAUUCUAAAACAAGUUCUGCCAAAACAGGAGGAAAAUUCGUUCCUCCCACACCUCCACUUAGGAAAAGACUGUCAACUAAAAAAGGUUCGGCAUUAAUUCCAGCAGUAUCUAGAACACCGACUCAAAUCCCUUCACUCUCAAUCACAGGACCUGAUUUUGAAUGUGUACAGUGGGUGAAUGAGCUUUACAUGUGGAUUUACUCAAAUUCAGAUAUUGCCAAUGAAAUACUUAAUGUUUGGUUGCAAACUCUUAACGAUUACAUGAAAAACUCAACUGAUGAGAAUGGCGUGGGUGUUGAAGUUGUACGAAUUCUUCCUGAAACGCAUCCGCCAAACCUGACAAACGUUUUUUGCGAAUGUGGUACAAACGACGACAUUACGAUAACAUGCGAUUGCGAAGCCACACCCGCACUUCAAUUAAAAGCGUUCAGGCAGAAAGAGGAGAAAGUCGAAGUUUCGCAUUACAGAUUGAACGUUAACCGGUUCAGAGCGAGGCUCAAUAUCGGUUUCAUAACGGAAAAAUUAUUGGCGGAAGUCAAAUGCGACGGAUGGCCCGAUAUAAAAGUCGCUUUGGCUCCUGUGGGAAGUAUAAAAAACAACACGGAUGAACAAUUCCAACAGGACGUAAUUGCGGAUACUUUUGUGACAGCCAUGAGAAAUUCCGUCGUACCAUUGAAUUUAAAUCAGUAUCCAUCUUGUCCGAGAUUUAGCAGGUUUAAACAUUCGAACAACAACAACAACAACAACAACAACAACGCAUCUCCCGAUUUCCAAGACGAUUCGCUGAACAAAAUGCUGUUGGAAUUUUCCGAUAAUGCGAAUUCGUUAAAUGAAAAUACGGGAAGGAGGAGACAAUUGGUCAUAACGGGAAUUCAAGCCAUGAAUUUGAGCGAGGAUUGUCGUAAUUCUUAUUGCAUUUUAGAAAUGGACGAACCUCCUCAAAAAUAUAUUUCGUCGACGCAAAAAAACACGUCCGAACCCGUUUGGGACGAACAAUUUAUAUUUAACGUGAAACCGGGAAAAGGCGAAUUGCUAUUUGAAAUAUACGAAAACACGAGUAAAAAAUUAUUGGGAAUGGGAAUCGUCGGUACGGAAGAAUUGAUGAGUAAUCACACGAGGCGACAGAUGAUUCCUCUUCAAUCGCAACCUUUCGAAAGUGAUAGAAUAACCGGAAGUAUUGCCGUAGAGGUAUUUUACACACCGCACGACUUUAUUAUUACAAGCGUUUCCGCUUUUUCUCCGACUCGCGAAACUCGAUUUAUGGUCGUGGAGGACAACACAAACAAAAAUUCAAAUGACGUCACGCCACACAAGUAUAAGGAAGUGAUAAAAUCAGUUACACCGGGUGGAAACGUGAUAACAACAUCGAAAACGGUUUUCACGGCGAGCGAAGGUCAGCUCGCGAACGGAGUCGAAGCCGUUACGGAUUCAGCUUUGAAAGAAUUGGAGUCGCGUGAAAAGACAAAUUCGGGAACGAAAUCGCCGACGAGUAAAAGUACUUUAAUUAUUCACAGCGUUUCAAGGGUCGAACAAAGUAGAAAUGGUUUAUGGCGGGAAGUUGUCGGCACGGGCGAACCGCAAGGAACGUUGGAUGGAUCCGUUCCAAAUGAGUCAAAAAAUGAAAAAUCCGAGCCUGCAGAAGACGAAGGUAAUGAUGAUGAUGAUGAUAAUUAUUACACGUUAAUGCGAAAAAGAUUUCAUCAAAAACGACGUCGAGAUUUUUUCGGAACGAUUAAACGUAAAUUGACAAUGUCGAGAGCGAGAUCGAAAUCCGUGGAUCCGGGUGAAAGAGUCGAAGUUGACCCUUUGACCCGAUCCGUGUCGGCUGAUAGAAUGAGAGAAUCGACUCCCCAUUCGAGAGGAACGUCAUUGAGAGUGGGAGAUGGAGAAAUUUCUAGAAGGUCUAGUCUGAGUGAUACGUCCGGUCUUAGCGGUGCUUCGGCGAGAACUUAUUUGAACGAAGCUUCAACGUUGGUUCUCGAAACCGUCGAAAACGGAUUUAAAAAACAUUAUCUGGUACCAUUAUCGUUGGCCAAAAGGAAUAAAUGGAAGAAAAAGGGAACAAAACUUCACAUAUACAACGAUCACACAUUCAUUGCCAAGCAUUUCUACGGGACCGUAGUCUGUCAAGUCUGUUCGUCAAAUAUUCCAAGACGAUUUGGGAAACAAGGAUACGAGUGUAGGGAUUGUCUUCUCAAAUGUCACAAAGCUUGUCACGUGAAAGCGGACCAAAGUUGUCCCGACUCGGGCAUACACAACAUUGAAUUGUAA